AUGCUGAUCUGUGGGUUAUUACUGGUGGGUAUUCUCUUCCUUAGCAGGAGCUUGGGACAGAUUCUGGAGGAAAGUAACCAAAAGCGCUAUGCAAGAUCGGUGGUGAAUAUGGACGAUCUACUGAAAAUGGAGGAUGAUCUGGCCCUCAAUCUGGAAAAGUACGCGAUACGGCUUUUCCAGAAAGCGAAAACAAUUAAAUUGGGUAUCCACCAGAUGAAGGAAAGGCACCAGAGGUAUGAAGCAUCAUCAAAAUUUGGAAUCAGCCCUUUCGACACUUAUUCCCUCAUUCGGCACAUGCAAGCUGACUGGUUGAUGUGGCAAGUGUUUAUGGAAGAGGCCGUUGGAUUAGAAGAAUUGGCUUAUUUGGAGUUAAAGAAGUCUUCCUUGCCUAAGAAGUAUGACAUGUUCGACGCUGCUUACGGGAUUAAAAGAAUGCAAACGACAUACGAGAUGUCAGCCAGUGAUAUAGCCAAUGGUUUGCUGGAUGGAGUACAAUACAACUCUUCGCUGGGUUCUGUUGAUUGCUUAGCUAUGGCUCAUCAUCUGAUCAAUCAAUCGCGUUGGACACUUGCAGAGCAAUGGAUUCUUGCAGGUAUUGAAGCCAAGGGUCCCCAAACGGAAUUGCAGUUGCUCCGAGGACCAAAUAAGGCUUAUCUGUAUAGGAUACUGUCACAAGUUAGGAUGCAGCACGGAAAUCAUGAGGGUGCCUUGCAAGCCUUUCGAAUUGCCCUGAAACACUCGCCCCACGAUUCAAAAACAUUUCAGGAGUAUCAAAGCUUGGAAAAAAACACUUUUACUUUCCCUGGAAACAAAGUUGAGGAGUCGAAGAACUCUGACGAUUCCGUCGAUACCGACGAUUCCGAAGGCAAAAUGCAAUUGCCGACCUGCUGCAGUGGUCGAUGUGAAGUUCCUCGAGAACUUAAGAAGCUAUAUUGUGUGUUUAACCACGAGACCGCACCAUUCCUGCGAUUGGCGCCCAUCAAAACCGAGAUCCUUUCGAUUGAUCCCUUCGUUAUUAUUCUACAUGAAAUGGUCUCGCCAAAGGAGAGCGCCCUAAUACGAUCUAUUAGCAAACCGUACCUGUUGCCAUCCACGACAGUUGACGUCGACGAUACGUUGGAUAUCUACAACAUCGCUACCUUCCGCACUUCAAAGUCUGUGUGGUAUCAAAAUGACUUCAACGAGGCGACCCUGAAGAUAACUGAGCGCUUGGGAGAUGCCACUGGUCUCGAUUUGAACUAUUCGGAGGCAUUUCAGGCCAUCAACUAUGGACUAGCAGGUUUCUUCCAAUCGCAUUAUGACAUGUUGCAUUCGGAUAUGAACCGACACAACGGAACUGAUGAUCGUGUGGCUACCACAUUAUUCUAUCUGAAUGAAGUACCUCAAGGAGGCGCCACAUAUUUCCCGGGACUUAACAUCACGGUAUUCCCAAAGUUCGGGUCGGCCCUCUUUUGGUAUAAUUUGGACAUGAAGGGUAACGAUCAACUGUGGACCCUUCACACCGGUUGCCCUGUUAUCGUUGGUUCCAAGUGGGUUGUCAGCAAGUGGGUAUACUAUAAGGGACAAGAGUUCAGAAGACCCUGCAUCGAAUCGAAUUCAAGCGCUAAACAAUUUUGGUCUAUUGAAAAACUUAUAAUCUAAUCAAUUUUUACUUUGUGAUGUACCUUUUACAUAAUUUAUAAUAUAUCGAAUUAUAUAUUAGCCAAAAUAUAGGUGUAGGGCAACUUCGAAACGCUUCAUGUAAAAAUAAAGGUUUAAGCGCAAGAG